CUCCUCUCUCUCAGCCCACGAAUAUUUUCUGCUCGACCAUUCUCUCUCCUCCGUUCACGAAGGCGCUUCUCUCUCUAACCCUAAAAAUAUCUGACACAAAGGAGAAGGAUGCUUAAAGAAGAAAGCUUGGGGGCCAAAGGUCACUCCUUUACAUUUGAUGUGGUAGACGCGGCGCAGGAAAGAAGGGAUUUGCAUUCGUGAAGGCUCCCGCCGGCGGGAAAUUCUAGACGAAUUUGGCGGGAAACUUCCAAUGGAGCGGAUCGAACCGGAGCUGGUGUGGAAUAAGCACUCCCUCUUGGAUGAGGAGGUUGGUUCUGCAGCUGAAGAGAACAUAAUGGAUGGCAUCUAUUUUAAUGAGGCAGAUACUAUUGGAAAUGAAUCAGCACAUUAUGAGAAGUUUCUCCUUGAUGAUUUUGACAAUUAUGUGGAUGAGAUUAACGAUCGUCUUACAGUUUCAAGAUUGGUGACUGACUCAGUCAUUAAGGGGAUUGUGAAUGCUGUAGUUGAGGAAACUGCAGAGAAAGUUGCUUCAAAGGAAGCAGAGAUAGCUAUCUUGAAGGAGAAGUUGCAGACAUCUACUCACAUUGCUGCUGCUGUUGAUCGUUUAGAGCCUUCAAUGGUGGUAUCAGACCCUUUGAAGUUGAUUCUUGAUAAUUUACAGAUCAAAUCAUUGCCAGGCAUGGACUACCCAGAACAUUUGGGUAGAAUAAAGAUUUCUGUUGACAAUCAGAUUCAGAGGCUUAAGGAGGACUUCGAGUGUGCAAGAAAUUCGAAUUCUCUUGGUUCAAUUGAUGGUUUCUCUACAAAUAACAUGGUGUGCAAACUUCUUCCUCAAGUAAGGACAGAUGAGAAAUUGCAUUUGCUUGGUGAAAGAAUUGAUGAUUUGAGAUUAAUGUUAGUUGGCAUUUUUGAUGAAAUCAGUAAUGUGUUCAGCUCUAUGAAAGUUUCAACUAUGGAACAGAAUUGGGAGCAUGAGUUGCAUGAAGAAAUUAGUACUAUUCUUGUUCAGAAUUUUGUCAGAGAUAUUCAGAAAGAGUGUGAAACUAAGAUUUUGGAACAAAGAAAAUUGAUUAAUGCUCUAAGUACAAAUUAUCAGCUGAAGGUCAGUGAACUUUCUUCGGUACGAGAAGAUCUUGAUUCUAUUUCUAAGUCUUUAUUGAACUCAGAUCAAAGUCUUCUGCUCUCUCAUAGCAGUAGUGAAAGCUUAGAAGAACUGAAUAAUAUAAGGUGGAAAGAUCAAUUUCAUCUUAAGGCUUUGGGAAAUAAUCAUUCAUCUUUUGUAGCACAUACCGGGGAAAAUGGCGCUAGUAUCAUGCCGGAACCUCCAGAAUUUGGAGAACCCAUGUUGGAAAUUGCUGACUUUCCUCACCUAAAACACUUGUCAAAGGAGGAUCUCGCCGCUUUUUAUAAAAUUGAAAUGACUAAAUUGCGGAGGCAACAUGACAAAGCUAUGGAAGAGAAAACAGAUGAGUUGUUCAGGCUGAAGAGGGAAUUCCUCAAGGAAAAGGACUCGUUUCUUUCUAAGAAAGAUAAGGAGUUUGAGCAUUUAAAGAAAAAUGUCCGCAGAAUUAUCUUAAAUUUGGAUGAUAUACUAGUGGAGAAGGAGAUGCCUUCUGUUGUUAAAGAUGAUUGUGAUGAGGUCUGUAGUUUGAAGAAUAAAAUUAAUUCCAUGUUCUUUGAAAAUCAAAGGCUACAUGGUUUACUUAUGGGAAGAAGGAAGGAGGUCGAGCAUCUAUCAGUACAGGUCACAGAUGCUGCAAGCCAAAUGUUGCUUAAUACAUCAGUAAACCAAAACUUAUUGGAACAGAUAAUGAAUCUGAAAGGGGGCCUUGAAGAUUUGAAUGCAGAAGUUACUGUAAAAGAAGAAUUAGAUGCUAUCAUUUUGAAGGAGGUAAUCAGUAAGCAUUGUCUUCAAAUGGAGGUUGCUGAGAUGGAGAGCAACCUUAUCCAUGAUCUCUACUCAGUUUUUGUUAAAGAAUCUACCAGAAAUGAAAUGUUUAUGAGAAAUACUAUUGCACUCAAACAAUCAGCAGAAAAGGCUUCCCUUGAACCAAUCCUUUCAGAAAAGGAAUUGGCAUUACGCUCUGCAAUUGAAGCAAACAACAAUCUUAAGCAGGAAAUAACCUCCUUAUCCGCAUUGAUUAGUGAAAAGGAGAAAGUUGUGUUUGAAGCGGGGUCCACUAUAAAGCAGCAAAAGGAGGAAGUUGACCUGGUUAACCGGGAACUCGAUCUACUGAGAGAACAACUAAGCAAGCAAAACCUCAUCAUUUCUGGAAACAAAAUUCAUUCAGAUUUCAUGAGGAGUCAGUUUGAUGAUGCUCUAGAACAACUUCAUGUCUAUGAGAUGGAGAUAGAUAAUCUGAAUCAAAAGUUAGCUAUUGCUUCCAGUUCUUUGGAGGAAUUAGAAAGGGAGAAGACCAUCCUCAAUGAUAUAAUUAAAGAAAAGGAAAAUAAAUUACCAUAUUCAAUUAUAGAUGGAAAUAAUCAAGAAGUAAAACAGGUGGAAUUGAUGGCGAGCUCAUGGAGAACAUUAUCAGAAGUAUCUUUAGACUUUGAAAGCAAGUUGGCUGAGACUGUUAAAAGAAAUGAAUCUAGGUUAAGGGUCUUGAGCAACCACUGCAGUUCACUAAAGCAACAAGUAAAUCUACUGCUGAAGAAGGGUUUUUGGUACAAAAGGAUGUUUGAAAUAAGAAAUUCGAACCUGCAGACAGCUGAGGCUGAGGUCGAUCUACUUGGUGAUGAGGUAGAUGCACUUUUGUCUGUUCUUGGAAAGGUAUAUGUAGCACUUGAUCAUUACUCACCAGUGUUGCAACACUAUCCCGGGGUUAUGGAAAUUCUAAAACUGGUUCAAAGAGAACUCCAAGGUGAAACAGCUACAUCAAGGUGAUUCAGAAUCUGGUUGAAUGUCUAAGAUGAUUGCUUGCUGGUAGAUUUAUAAGCCUCUCUGAUCCACCAUUUACGCUCUCAUUCUGGUAAUUUGUCAGAAUUACCUCUGAAGUUGGUCGUCUAUUUUGAGUUUAUGUUCAGUUGCUGCAACUAAGAACAUUCAGGCUCUUUCUUAUUGUUUCUUAAAGCAGUUUUUUCGUAAAAAAUUAAAAAAUUUGUACUAAAAAGCUGCUUUAAGAAGCAGAAAGAAAGUCGUCCCAAACGAAUCCUCAGUCUCAUGCCCAUUCUUUCAUUCAACUUCUACAAUAAAGCUCAGAUGUUAUCAGUUCUUCAGAGCAAUGCAAAGC